GCAAACCUGCUGCGACACUGUUUGUAUUGUGUCUCAUUCACACUGUCCUUCUAAAAGUUUAGGGACUGCUUAGCCACAUGCCCACCUACUGCGCUAGCGCUGCUGUACAUGUAAGCGUUUUCCAACAGCUAUUUCCUUCUCUGAUUUUCUGAACAACAGGUGAUCCCUGUGUAUUUGAGCCUGAAUUAUGGGAUUGUUUGACAAGCUAGCCGGAUGGCUUGGGCUGAAGAAAAAAGAGGUUCACGUUUUGUGCCUUGGCUUGGACAAUAGCGGCAAGACAACCAUCAUAAAUAAACUUAAACCUUCAAAUGCUCAAACUCAGGACAUCGUUCCAACAAUAGGAUUCAGUAUAGAGAAAUUCAAGACAUCGAGGUAUUUGUCUUUCACAGUCUUUGAUAUGUCAGGUCAAGGGAGAUACAGAAACCUCUGGGAACAUUACUACAAAGAAGGCCAAGCCAUUAUUUUUGUCAUUGAUAGCAGUGACAAAUUAAGAAUGGUUGUGGCCAAAGAAGAACUUGACACCCUUCUGAAUCAUCCAGGAUGCAGCCUUCGGAGGACUGCAGUUACAGAUAUUAAGCACCGUCGACUGCCUAUUCUCUUCUUUGCUAACAAGAUGGACCUCAGGGAUGCAAUAUCAUCUGUGAAAGUAUCUCAGUUACUAUCAUUAGAAAAUAUCAAAGACAAGCCCUGGCACAUCUGUGCCAGUGAUGCUCUUAAAGGAGAAGGAUUACAAGAAGGUGUGGAUUGGCUCCAAGAUCAGAUCCAAGCAACGAAGACAUGAGAGAUAAAUAAAAGAUUUGCAGACUUUGUCAUAGUUGUACAAGUUCCUUGGAAAGGAAGAAUGGUUGAAAGAAAAUGGACAGUUCAGCUAAAAUAUACUGUGUUGAUUUGUUCCCUUUUAGUAUCUGUUCAAGGAAAACCGAAUGUAGACAACGUAGCACCUCAGGAAUGCACAUCAAUAAAUUAAAUUGAAUGUUGUGACUGGAGAGCAUAUUGAAAAAAAAGAUCUGUGUUAACAAUAAACAUCUGCCUUCAUUUGAGUUUUAGGUGGUAAGUAGCCAUCAGGAAAUACCCCUCUGUCCUUUUUUUUUGGGGGGGGGGGAGGACAUCUUUUGACCAAAUGGGAAUAUUUCUUUUCCUGUGAAAGAAUAAUUAGCACUUCCUGAAAUACGGCUGCAUGAGGUACCUACUGAUUUUCUGUGCCCGUUUUUAGGUAUUUCAGCAAUUUUUUGUUGUAAAGCUUGAUGCUGGGUGUUUAGUAACAAUCUACAGCAGGCUUCUAGAAGAAUAUUUUGAUUUAAGAUACUAGGAUUCAAAUACUCAAUGUAUUUGUUAAAUAUGAUUGCAGAUGUUUUUAAGGAACUGCUUUUAAUUGAAUGUUAUGAAUUCAUUUUGUGAUAUGCCAUGGUUAUAUUUACAUUCCAUUCAAUAAAACUUUAAGUAAACAACCUGCCAUGGUUUGGGUUUUUAACUUAAAUAUGUUCAUUGAUGGUCUUUACAUCUUAGAGAUUUUUGAUUUCCUGUUAGUUUCAUUUGGAAUCUGUCCAUUUUGCAGUGGAAAUAGCGCUGUACACUGUAAUAAAGUGGUAUCUCUUUUGCCUUCUUCUUUUUGAUUUGCAUAUAUUUGUUACACUUUCUAAUAAGCGAGACUGCUCUUCCAGAUAUUUAAGGAGCAUAUGGCUGAAAGUCGAAUUUUGGAAACACACUUAGGGGACCGUUCACUACUUCAAAUAGAUCAUUAAUGUGAAACAUGUCAUACUUUGGUUGUGUAUAACAAUUGUUUUACUUUCAAGAAUAUUUUUUAAUAAACUUUCUGACUUCAAAGAUGUACUGUAGUUAACAAAUGAAGCCAAUGCCAAGAACUUUGUGUCAUGCCACCUCUUUCCUCUUUAAUCCCUCCUUCCUUGUCCAAGAAGCAAGCAGACUGGCACCUGGAAGGCUGAAGACUGUAUUUAAUUUAGUGAUCAUCUGUUUCCUGUGGGAAAUGUAACGUGUAAGUAGGUCUUGCAAAAGAUUUCCCUCCUCUUAUUAGCAUUCAAAACACACAAAUGUUCUGUAAGCAUGCCUUCUAGAGCUCACUGUAAAGAGGAAUAUUUGGAGCAAAAGGACCUGCCUGAAAUGAUAGAACAGUUCCGUAUACUUUCAGUUAUUAUUAUUAUGUGGUUAAAAUUAACUCCCCUUUGCUAGAGGGAACUGUUACUGUAAAAAGUUUUUCUUACUGGGUGCUAUAAUUCUGACAGAUCAGUUUGCCAUGGAAGUAUUUUUAAUGUCAGUGUCUGUAGGACCUUUGGCCUUCUGCCAACUCUGAAUCUAAAUAUGCAAACUCAAAUAAAAAGUAUAGAAAAUCAUAUAAUUCUGAGAUGGUUUUCUAAUUCUGAAUUGUGGGGCAGAUAUUUUUCUGAUAUACUUUGCAUUGGAUAAUACAGUAACAAAAAUAAUACUUAUUAGAAACAUCUUUUGCUGGGUAGAAAUAUAUCGUAAUAAUUUUGGUUCACUUAAAUGUCUAAAUGAAAUAUUUAAUUUUAAGUUGUCUUUUUUUCUACUAAAGAAAAUGUAAGAUCUUAUAUGUAGAUGGAUUUUAUCCAUCUGUAUUUCUGACUUUUCUGAAUAAUCUGGACCUUGAUCACUUUCUAAUUAUUCCUGUUUGUUUAUAUUUGAUUACACAAAGUACUGUUUAUCUUGGAGAUUGCUUUUACUGUCAUGGAAAGCUGUUUGAACCUACUGCGUUGUUCUUCCACUCAUAAAUCUGAGGAAAGUACCAUACUGUCAUUUACUUUUUUGUUUUCUGUUAAGUGAGAAAUUGAAAGGCAAUAGAGUGACUGAAAGAGACAGAGGGAGUUUGGUCUUGACACCCCACACAACAUUGUGC